GUUCAUAGAUGGAGUAUCACUUUCAGGGAUCACCUAAAAGCAGGCCAUGACAUCUGUCGGUCUUCUCUCUGUCAGCUGGCACGUAGCACAUGUUCUCGCUUUUUACUCCCACUUUUCCAAGAUAAAAUGUGUACCUUUGCGCUACGCGCUGUAUCUCUGAAAGCAUGCACCACGUGCAUGUACAGUAUGUAAUAAUAAUACUGUGUAAUAGUAGAUAAUAAUACUGUGUAAUAGUAGGUAAUAACUGUAUCAAAGCCGAAUUUAGAGCGAUUAUCAAUGGCUUCUGACAUGAAAUACGAAAAUGGUAAAAUAUCUUCUCUUAGCAUUAUUGCUUUGGAAUAUGAUAAUUCUAAUUCAGAUGUGGAGGAAACCGAAGUAGAUACUAACAAAUCUGAAAAUCAAUACAAAUUUGAAGAACAAGACAAAUCUGAAAAUCAAGAAAAAUCAGGAGAGCAAGACAAAUCAGGAGAGCAAGACAAAUCUGAAAAUCAAAACAAAUCGAACAAUCAAGAUACUAUACCAGUUCCCGAAACUUUGCAACAGUAUCGCGCAAUUGAAGAAAAUAUAUUAUCUUCUUGCGAGGAAACUGAUAGUGAUGAUUCUAGUAGCAGCUGUGAUAGCAGCAGCAGCAGUAGCAGUAGCAACAGUAGCACUAGUAGCGACAGUAGCAGCAGCGACUACGAUUCGGAUGAUAUUAGUACCAAUAACAACAAGGAGAAGAAAGGAAAUAAAACAAGCAUAGUAAAAAAGAAAAAACAAAUAGAAAAUGAAUUUGAUGAUCUUCCGCCAAUAGAAGAUUUAAAAAUUAAUGUUCCUGAAGUCUUAUGUGAGCUUCUGGGUGAAGUAGAUAAAAUAGUGGAACAAUUAGUAAUUGUAAAACCAAAGUCCAAUAAGCCUGCGCUCCAUAUUGAAACAGUUUUAUUUAUGGAGAAAGGAGGAAGAGCACUCGGUAAAAUAUUAGAUGUGUUUGGUCCUGUGAGCGAACCGAAUUACUGUAUUCGGUUCAAUAGUUCUGAACACAUACAAGAAAACAAUAUUAAAGUGGGCAUGCCAGUUUAUUAUUGUCCAAAUACGCAAUAUACAUCACUAAUCUUCCUGCAUGAAUUACAUAAACUGAAUAGUCAUGAUGCGAUGGAUGAUGACGAGUUACCGGAAUUUUCGGAUGACGAGGAAGAGCGAGCUUAUUACGAAAUGUUAAAGCAAAAAAAUAACAAAGAUAAUUCUGAUGCCGGUACAUCACGGAAACGGCAAUGUCUAUCGAGUUUUACUCAAAAUAAGCCAACAACUGAAUGGCAGUCGAAUCCAUGGAACAGAAAUGCCAAAUUUCAAAGAAAGAACCAGAAAAAGCAACAGGCAUGGAGAAAUAAUAGUCACUUUAAUCUAUCGCAGUAUAAGCCAUCUUCGUAUAACGAUUCUUGGUUGCAAUAUCAAUAUCAGAGUAACAUGCAUUGGUCGCCUGUCCCGAGAAACAUACAUCCUAUGUUCAACGGGCCACAUGCGGAUUACAGACUGCCAUUUAAUAUAUCAGGCUUAUCACCAGUACAACAAUUACAAUUCUCGAAUGGUUCUAGUGACGCGGAACAAUAUUCUCAAGGUACUACACCGAAUUCUCAGUGCAAUAACAUGCAAUCGCAAUAUCCGAGGAUUCCGUUCGGCGCUUCUCCGAGAUUCAAUUCUACAUUUCCAUCCUUUCCAAUGAAUUAUCCUCAACCUCCCAAUGCAUCAUUUUCAUGUCUAAAUAUGCCUUAUCCAGCUGCACGACCGCCAAUGCAUACACAUGCUCCUUGGUCAUCUUUAUCUCCUCCCCCUCCACCUCCUUCGACAGAUUCAACAAUCAUUGAUUGAGAGUCAUUUUAAUGU